AUGUCCCAUAAUGUCGGAUCAGUAUGAACCACAUGCUAAUUAUUUCAUCCAUCAAACUUCUAAAAAAUGCAACAUUCGGACCUUUAUCUACUACCUCUACAAAAGCACGAGAGGGCGAAGAACCAAUUCAUCUCAUCCAUCCAAUUAAAGAAUCUAACGAUCCAAAUCAUCGGAAUGUUUAGCAUCAAAUCACGGUUAGCUCAGCCCACUAAUCCCACGAUCCACCCCUGUCAUCCGUCCCCCCGGCUCGAAGAAAAAAAAAACCCACGAGAGCACCACGCUCUCCCGUCGGUUGCUCAUAUCCUCCUCCCGCAUGACCUCUCGCCCCCUCCUCCUCCUCCUCCUCCCGCCUCCUGCCUCUCCCUCCUCCGCUCCCUCCCGCUCCGCCUCCGCCUUGCCAUUCCCCGCCCCCGCCUCCCCACCCUCCUCUCCCUCGCCCUCCCCGGCAAAAACGGCAACGACGGCGGCGGUGGCAACAACAGCGGCGGCGGCGGGGAUGACGAAACAGGGGACGGCGGCGGCGAGUGGGGCGGCCACCGGGGGGAUGCGCUGUUCGUGCUGCCGCAGGCGGGGAGGAAGCUCUCCAGCCUGCCGGCGGACCUCGCCGUGGCCGUGGAGGGCGGCCGCGUCACGGGCGACAUCGUGCGGCGCUUCGCGGAGAUGGAGCGCUCGCCGCUGCUCCGUUGGCUGCUGGGCUUCAGAUGGUUCAGGGAGCGCCUCCUCGCCGACGACCUCUUCCUCGCCAAGCUCGCCAUGGAGAUGGGCGUCGGCAUGAUCGCCAAGAGUGCCCCGACGCUCCCUCCCACCAUUCCUUCCCCCGCGGCAGUGUCACCAUGGACCACGGAGCAAAGUCUCGACCGCGGCGGCGCUGUCGGGUUGAGGAGGGAGGAUCAAGAAGGGGGGUGGAGCUGGGGCGACGGCCACACGGAAGGAGCCGGGAGCAUGCCAGAGCGGCACUCAGUUUGCUCAGGUGCCGCUGUGCAGUCGUAAGAAAACCAGGGGUCCGUCUUGUUGGAUUCGAUCCAGAAUUUCUUUUGUCAAUCUACGAGCAGGUAUAUUUGGAAUUGGAGGAACAUAUCCUGAUUACUCUCUGGUUUUAUCUACUUUGGCUCGUUUACUUGCUUCAACUCAUGGCGUUCUCAUCCAUGGAGCCUGCGGCCGGGUGGGGAGCUCCUCGCAAGUUGUGGCGACGGCUGAAAUAAAUUGCGCUCGUUCAUGUGGUCGACAGUGAGGAAAAAGCACAUGUUUUUUUGGUUGAGGUUGCUCUGCACUUGUUCGUAGCAAUACCAAACAACGGUAGAAACUUCAUUUGUUUGUCAGGCUUGUUUGUGGUUUUUCUGAACUUCUUUGUCAGGCUUGUUUGUGGUCUUUCUGCUGAACUUCAUUUGUAGAUAUUGCACAAAAGCAUGAUGACGACUACGAGCCCGCCCCGUCACCGCCGCGCCUCUGCUGCUUCCGCAGUGCACCGCUAUUCUUAGACCUGCAGCCUUCACGGCCUGCCUCUACCGCUCCCGCCAGCACCCCGUCGCGGCUGUCGUCGCCGGAGAGACACCCACCGCCGGCACAGGCGCAUGAGCCAUCGCCGCCGGAGAUAAGUCAGAGACCCGGAGCCCCCAUCCUGGUAUUGGACCUUCCAAUUCAAGGCACCUUCCACCUAAUACUGGAGUAAGUGGUUCCACAGAUUCAGGAAAAGCAGGGCUGAAUGGAAUCCAACGGAACUAAUGUUGCAGCUAUAGCAUCCGAUAUUUAGCGAUACAUGUUUAAUUCGGUGAUAACAGGUAUAUCAUCCCAUAUUGUUCCAUUGAUGUUGUAGCUGGUACUUGCCAGUCUCUAUGGAGUAUAGGUACGAGUGGAGUAAGUGAGAAGAGUACAUUAUUGUAGGUUGCAUGUACUUGUUGUAGUUACCUAAACCAUGCAAAAAUGGACAGAUUUUUCAACAUAUGAAGCUGUUAUUAGCUAACAUCUCUUCUUUUUUCUCAUUUAGUUGCAUUACUGGAAGGUGGGUCAGGGCGCAGUGUUGAAUCAUCUUGAUUGGCCCGAGAGAAAUGAGGACCCUGCGACAGGCAACCUUUUGCUUACUAACCUCGCAAAUAUUUGAAGCGUAAGUCUCUAACUACGAAAAUGAUCUCAAAACCUUUCAUGUGACAUUGCACCUAUGAUAUGGAGAGUAUGACAAAUUAUACAAAAAGAAAAUCUAAUUUAUGGUAAUAGAAUUACAUGUAGUACUUAAUAUUUAUUGCCCGUAUGAAGCAAAGUGUCUACAACCUUUAUAACUACAACAGUUUAACUUUGAUACUCGGCAAUAGGUAUGCCGAGCUUUGCGGUUUGCCACUUCCUGAAGUAAGUAGAAAUAGGAGUUCCAGUUUCUUGAUUUUCAGGAAACUGAGGAGGAGCGUUUGAGUAAAGAGGAGAGGAAUGGUUGGGAAGCAAAUAAGAGGAAAAGGAGAGGAAAAGCAGGAGGAUGAACUGCUAAAAUAUAGCUAUGAUCAUGAGUAUAUUAUAAAUAUCAUUUUAGUUUGUUGUCUUUUUUAUUGAUUUUUCUUUGUGAUAAUAAUUGAGAAAUAAAGAAGAAUUAUGGCAUGUCAAAUAUUACCAUACUACCAGAUAUUUUUUAUUAUAUUUAGUCAUUUCCAUUUUGGGUAGACAUGUGUUAUGUUUCUUAACAUUUUUUCUUCUUGAUCUCGACUUACUUUGGACAUGCAAAGUGAGGACUUGGAUGUCUGUACACUCUAAUUUGGCUCUGAAGUUUCAAUUUGGAUAUUUGUCUCUUCUAGGUGACUUGUAAUGCAAAUUCUCUAUAAAUACAUUCAUGGAGCUAGGUGAAAACUAAGGGGACUUAUAGCAUGGCUACGGAAAAAGCUAAUAAGUGAUCACUAGGCAGUAGCACCAUAUGUUACAUAUAACUGGGUCAAGCUUUCAUCUUAUUUGGUGCCUCCUUCAUGUGUCCAUGUGUCCAUGUAUGGAUGAAAAACUAUGUAAAUAUUUGACAACUAUUUUGAUAAUUAUUUGAUGUCAAGUGAGA